ACGUCCCUUGCCUCCCUAUUAUCUUCUCAUCAAUUCAAUGACCACCGUAUCCUCUCCAAACCCUAAAAACCCUAAUUCCUUCUUCCACUUCAUGGCUCAGCUCCACCGCUCCUCUACCAUUCCCCACCACAAGCCGCCGGAUUCCGACUCUGAAACCGUCAAUCCUUCCUCUUCCUCAACUUGCCCCCCGCCCUUUCCCCCUUGUAAUCCCACCCAAUUCCCCGCAAGUUCCCCAUCAAUCUACCACCUUUCUUUUAACCAAGACAAUGGGUGCUUCGCAGCUGGCCUUGACAACGGUUUCUGUAUCUACAAUACCGAUCCCUUCAUGCCCUUCUUCCGCCGGGACUUCGACUCACGGGGCGGCAUCGGCCUUGUAGCCUUGCUCUUCCGCAGCAACAUCCUCUGCUUGGUCGGUGGUGGUUCCGAUCCCCUCUACCCGAUAACCAAGGUAAUGAUUUGGGAAGAACAUCACUCCAGAUGCAUUGGCGAGUUAUCGUUCCGGUCAGAGGUAAAAAACGUGAAACUCAGGCGGGACAGGAUAAUCGUUGUGUUGCCUCAGAAAAUUUUUGUCUACAAUUUUGCGGACUUGAAGCUGGUGCACCAAAUCGAAACGACAUUGAACCCAAAAGGGUUGUGUGAGAUAUCUUGUACUUCAUCGCCAAUGGUUCUGGUUUGCCCAGGCCUCCAAAAGGGUCAAAUUAGAGUGGAGAAUUAUGGGUCGAAGAGAACCAAGUUUGUUAUGGCACAUGAUUCGAAAAUUGCGUGUAUGACAAUGACUCAAGAUGCUAGAUUGUUGGCUACUGCCAGUUGUAAGGGCACUUUGAUUAGGGUCUUUAAUACCUUGGACGGAUCAUUAUUGCAGGAGGUCAGGAGAGGCGCAGACAGAGCUGAAAUAUACAGUCUUGCAUUCUCUUCCAAUGCACAGUGGUUAGCUGUCUCAAGUGAUAAGGGUACUGUUCAUGUAUUUAGCAUCAAGGUUGACUCAGGAUUGAUGUCAUUGGCGAAUGAUAGAUUGCAUACUGCAGCUGAAACAAAUAAUUCUAAUGGUUUAGGCAUUUCGUCUCUUUCCAUUUUGAAAGGUGUAUUGCCAAAGUAUUUCAGCUCAGAGUGGUCAGUGGCGCAGUUUCGGUUACCUGAAGGGUUGCAGUACUUUGUUGCAUUUGGCCGCCAAAAGAACACAGUUGUAAUCAUUGGUAUGGAUGGGAGCUUCUAUCGAUGCCAAUUUGACCCAGAAAGUGGUGGAGAGAUGACUCAGCUUGAAUAUCAUAAUUUCCUGAACUCAAACAAUUUCUUGAAGCAAGGAGAAACUUUUCCCAAUACGAUGUAAAGAUUUGUUUUAUAUUUUGAUUGUAAAUACAUCUUUAGAGUAUUAGGAAUUACUUGUGAAUGUUAAGAAAAUAAGUAAUUAUAUAGCCUAGAGCUAUUUGUAGAUAAUGUUACCUAUGCCGCAUAACCGGUAAUAUUUAUUUUACCCUUAUAUUCAGCACUAGAAUAUGUUUGGAACAAGGGAAGGCCCUUCAGGCUUUUGAUGACAUUUUGUUAAUGAUAUUUUUCCCCAGACGAGACUUAUAUUUAAGCUUUUCCCCGGUCUGGGUCUCUUCAUGUUCUCAAC